AUGGAGCUUGAUUUGUGUGGAAUUGUUGCAAGAGAGCGACCAUACUCUCAUUUUUUAUCUUUUGGCUUAUUUCCGAGAAAGAGUCCUCACCCUUUGCUUCCUCUGUUAGCUUCCUUGAAGCAUUUGUCUUCUUUGACGUCAUUAAAACUGAAUGACUGUAACCUCCGUGAAGGAGAAAUACCGAAUGAAAUUGGUUCUCUGUCCACCUUAAGGGAAUUGGAACUCGGAGGAAAUAAUUUUGUCACCCUUCCUGCCAGCCUUCAUUUGCUUUCUGAUCUGGAAUACAUUAGCGUGGAGGAUUGCAAAAGGCUUGAGCAAUUGCCAGACCUCCCAUUCAAUGACAGGUUAUGGGUAGUAACCAGCAAUUGUACUUCCUUAAAAGUGUUUCCAGAUCCAUCAGCAUUCAGUACGGUUGGUAAUCUGGAUUCAAGUUAUUUUUUAUAUUCAAUGCUGAAGCGGUUACUUGAGGAAGCCCCUUCUUUUCGUUUCUUCUGUUGUGUACUUCCUGGAAGUGAAAUGUUUGAGUGGUUCAGUAAUCAGAGUUUGGGAGACACGGUAACUGAGAAGAUACCAAGUAAUAGCAAGUGGAUUGGGUUUGCUGUAUGUGCGCUAAUUGCACCUCAUGACAAUCCAUCUGCCGUUUCUGAAUUCCCUUAUUUACAUCCUGGUAAAAGUUUAAUUACGUGUUCAUUUGAUGGCCACGUGUUUUAUGGACCACCUGUAAAACAAAUUGGUUCAGAUCACCUAUUGCUAUUUAUUUUCUCCGCUCGUUACUGGAAGCCUGAGAACUGUCCAGAUGACAACUCGAUUAAGUUUGUUUUUUAUACCGAACGAGCUGUAGGAAGCAACAGAUGCUUGAAGAUAAAGAAAUGUGGGGUCCGUGCACUGUAUGAGAACGACAUGGAAGAGUUCAAAUCUGUAUAUGAACAAGGUGGUGCAUCGUUGAGGGAACAACCCAGUUGUGGCUCUGACGAUGAAUACUACUCUGCCGAAGAAUGAAAGGCUGCCUUGUGCUCGGUACAACCAUUGAGUGCGUCAAUGCAAGAAUGAAGGACACUGUUGCCCGUUUGUAAGUCUUGUCUCAUGACACAAGCAAGCAUUGAGUGAUACACUUGGCUUCUGUUCAAAUCAAAUCCGAACAGGGGAGAAGAGCAGGCUCUUGGACAGAUGCAUGACAGUUCUCCUAUGGCCAGUAGUAGCCAAACUCUUGAUGUUACUCCAACAAGAAAACGGGCGUCACUUAACUAUUGAUUGCCUUCUCGUGGCUCCAAUUCUUGA